GGCUUCCGUAUGGGACUCACUAGGAAAACCUGGCGAACGGCUUUUUCUGUGGCGUGAGCUCCUAAGGAACAGUCCGUGAUAAGACAUGAGACUCUAAGGAAUCUAGAUUUGAAAAAAGUUGAAAGCCCAUUAAAUGCAGGCAAAACGGAAGUAAAAUGAUUUCCUGCUACAGAUCGACAUUUAUGGAAAUUCUUAAAUCCCCUGUUGUGAUGUCACAACAUGGUGUAGUCGUGUCUAAGUUCUGCUCCAGAGGUUUUGUUUUGCUCAAUUUUAUAGAAAAUCCUAAUCAAUAUUAUCAUGGUUAUGUUAACUACUACUGAAAUGGAUAUGGGAAUUUCAAGUCUUUCACGUAAUAAAUAACUUAUUUCGAACUUGUCUGCCUUUAGUGUUUUCGCUGUAGUGCAAAUCGCCAUUCGUCGUUCGAUUCGAAUAACACGGUAUCACACUAUCUGUAUCUGUUGUACCCGAAGCAAUAAUAAAAAGAAAGCGCCGGCGACUGAAUUAUUUGCAGCGUCUUACUGCAGAUACAGCUUUAAAUUUGCUUCAUCAUCUAUGAAUAGGUUUAUUUUACAGACUGGGACAAACUGACCACUAAGCUCUUUGCAGACAAAUCACUAAAGUCGCAGCUGCGGGCCCUGUGUUGUUGUGUACUGUAUCUCCUCAGGAAGAAGUUACCAUUUGUUGCGAUUAACAUCAUGGAUUUCAUAUCUUUAAAGCGCAUUUUAAGUCUAAUUACGAAGGUGCUGCAAAGGUAUCACUUCACAGACCGCAUAUGAAAAUUCUGUGAGUUUCCUGCUAUUUUGGACUGCAACAAAAGCAACUCUUUCAGUGACUAUACACGGAGGUGGACAAAAUAUUGGAAACACUACACGAGAAAAGUAUAACUUUGAAGUACUGUGACUUAUGUUCAGGCUGAGGAAAUAUGCGCGAUACAAUGCGUGAAACGCCCGAAAAUCGAGAAACCCAGGUUAUUUCAAAUCGUUCUACAUGUCGCCUGUGUUAAUAAAUUUCGAAAACAUUUGUCGCUUUCACAACAGCUAAAGCUGUGGCCAGGCUACUUUUCUCGAGCAACUGGGUUCAAUUUAAGACCGCGAAUUGUAUACGAAAUUUGGGAGACAGAAAUGCAGCGACAGUUGAAAUCAGUCAGCGCAGGCGUCUUGUGGGAAAAAAAAAAAAAAAAAAAAAGGCACAACUCGAGUUGCGAACAAGUAGAGCGGCAGUCGGCCGUCGCUGGGAAUGUCUCCGUGAAAGCCAAACUUUUUACCCCGCUUCUCUUCAUUUUUUCAGUUUAUGAAACGUGGCACAAGUCACACGUUUAAUAAUGGCGGACAUGAGAACUUUUAAUGUUUGCAUCCUGGGACUGGGAUUUUUGUUUAUCUUUACCGCUUUUACAACAUGUGGAAACAUUGAACAAACUGUGAUUAAAAGCCUGAGUAAUACCACCUUCACAGGAAGUGGGUACCACAGCCUUGGUAUCAUAUAUGGAGUAUUCUCAGUGUCCAAUUUGUGUGCUUCUGCUAUUGUCACAAUACUAGGCCCCCGUUUAACCAUGUUCCUCAGUGGAAUCCUUUAUAGUAGUUACAUCGCAGUGUUCAUUUUUCCCACAACGUGGUCCUUUUACCUGACCUCAGUUCUAACUGGAGUAGGAGCAGCCAUGCUUUGGACAGCUCAAGGAAAUUAUCUUGUGCAGAACUCGGAUGCUUCCACGAUCAACAGGAACACAGGCAUCUUUUGGGGGCUUUUACAAUGCAGUAUGCUGUUUGGCAAUCUGUACAUUUACUUUGAUUGGAGAGGAAAAACUGAAAUCACAGAUGGCACCAGAAAGACCGUGUUUGUUGUUCUGUUAGUGGUCUCUGUGCUGGGAACUCUGACUUUCAUUGUGCUGAGGAAGGCUGGACUGCAGGAGGAAAUUCUGUCUGAAGAGGAGGGACGGUCUCUACUCUCAGCCCACAUUUUAUAUAAACAGAAAGCGGUUUCAGCGGCUAGGGAGGCCAAAUCAGAAUUCAGAACAGUGUUGCAGUUGUUUCAAUCCAAACCUAUACUUCUUUUAAGUUGCUGCAUGGCAUAUAGCGGCUUAGAGCUGUCCUUCUACAGUGGUGUGUAUGGAACUUGCAUUGGGGCAACCAGGCAUUUUGGAAAUUCUGCCCAAGGCCUUAUUGGCCUCUCAGGAAUUGUAGUUGGGAUUGGAGAGAUAAUUGGUGGAGGAUUGUUCGGGCUCAUGUGCAAGAAUAACCGCUUUAGGCGCACUUCAGUCGUCUUCCUGGGCAUGGUGGUGCAUUUCAUUACCUUUUAUUUGAUCUUUCUCAACUUUCCUAAUGAUGCCCCUGUGGCUUUUGGAACAGAUACUCAGCUGGAGCCUUAUUUGGUCCCAAGUGUUUCCAUCGCCCUGCUAUGCAGCUUUCUGCUUGGACUAGGAGACAGCUGCUUCAACACACAGCUGUACAGUAUCCUGGGCUGUGUGUAUGCAGAGCGGAGUGCCCCUGCCUUCACUCUCUUUAAGUUUAUUCAGUCCAUAUGUGCAGCUAUGGCAUUCUUCUACAGUGGCCACCUCUUGUUGUCCUGGCAGCUUCUGGUGAUGGUGGUCCUGGGGUUUGCUGGGACCCUGUGCUUCUUUCUGGUGGAGAGGAUACAGAAUGUGUCUGUAGAACCACCGCAAUCCCUUUGACUACACCACUUCAGGGUUCAUCAUUUUUGUGACAGUGAAAGAAAGCCUGACAUGCAUGUCAUACAUCAACUUUGCUUGAAUUAAUUUAGUGCAAUAUACUAAAACUGACACUGAUAAUUUAUUUUUUAAACUAGAUGAUGUAUGUGCAGUGAGCUGAUAAAUUGAAGAGUUUAUUUUAAAUCCUUUCAUUUCAGUUGUUCUUUCAAAGAUUCUCUCAGGGUUUUUGUUCAAGUGAUAAUUGAUCAAGAGCAGCAUGGUGGUGCAGUGGGCACUAUGGGUGCCUCACAGUGCCUGGGCUGUGUUAUCAGAAGUAUGUUCUCCCUGUGUUCAUGUGGGAUUCUGUCAUGUACCCCAGUUUCCUUCCAGAGACCAAAGACAUGCAUUUCAGAUGGACUGGUGACUCUAAACUGCCUGUAGUGUGUGAAUGUGUGUGGUUACCCUGCAAUAGAUUGGCAUCCUUUCUGGAGUGUACCCCAUCUGGCCUAGUACUUUUUAGCAUAUGCUGUGGACCACCAUGCCACUGCAUUGGACAAGUGACUAUGAUGAAUGAAUGAAGGAAUUAAUUAAUUAAUUAAUUGACAAACAAACAAAUGGUUACUGGUUCAUUACAAUGCAUUUCAUGUAAUAGUUUUUAGUAUUAUGGGAAUGAACAUUUUAGAGAAGCAGUACAGAAUUACAAAAACACAGACUGCUCUGUAUAGAGCAUCUUGAUUGUAAUCUAUCAUUAUUGCUAGCAUGAGUAUUACUCACUGGCAUUUCUGCAGUAAAGGAUUGAUAAAUUUGUCACCAAAGAUGAAGGUGAUCAUUUGCAUAAACAAGAGAAUGCAUUGAUAAUUUUUUUUUUAGUGGUGUAUGUAUUUCAUUUUUUGUAUUUUGCAAAAACCCUUUGUAACAAUUAAUACAAGCAUAAGCAUCACUGGAUGUUCUCUUUUACAUUAAACAAUAUAACUUCUAAGAAUGUGUACAUUUUUGUGGGCAAAUAAAUGCAAAUGUUGUUAUACUGACAUUACUAUGUGAAUAACUCAUGUUAAUGUUUUAUCGAUCAUAAUAUUUAUAACAAUUUUGUUACAUAAAGCACUUUUUUAAUCUGCUUGCUUUUUUCUGUUCCUUGUGUUUUAAUAAAUAAUAGAUGUCAUUUGUUUCUAAUUCAUAAACCUUGAAUAAUUGUAAUAAAUCUUCUUCCCCUGAUUUAUUUGAAGUUUUUGA